CAGACACACACACUCACAGAGACACUUGGUCUUGAAAGACGGAGUACAGCAUGUUCCUCUCCUUUCCAUUCUCUAACAGCGGACUGACGUACAGCUUCAGAUACAAAACUGGUGCCAGAGGAUCUGAAGCAUGAGUCAGCGUCCUCGAGCCUCCAGGGUGCGACAGCAUGUCCACUGUGAUUCCUGCUACAGCCGGCGCUGCAGGGCUCGGGUGGAGGUCUCUGUGUGCUGUGCCGUCAUCCCCUGCCGCCUGCUCUGUGGAGCUCUCUUCCACCUGUGCAAAGAGGAGGAUCACCUGCUGCUCUGCCCUAACGUGAGGGUACCCUGCCUCAACGCCGAGUACGGCUGCCCACUCCACCUGCCUCGCUCCUCGCAGGCAGCUCACCUCCAGGUGUGUCCGGCCAGCGUGGUGUGUUGCUCCAUGGAGUGGAACCGAUGGCCGACCAACGACGCCCAUUCUUAUCCAAACACAGAGCUGCAUGAAAACCUGAUCAGGGAAAGAGAGCAGGGAGGAUGUCUGGACCUGGCCAUGGCCCUGAAAGACCAGGACCUCCUGUUUCACUCCAUGAAGAUGAAGAAACUGUUCCCAGAGCUGAUCCAGAGUGUGGAGGAGGAGGAGAAAGAGGAAGAGAGGAGGGAGGAGGAGAAGAGGAAGGAGCGGCAGAAGCAGAAAAAGGAGGCAGCAAAAAAGGCAUCUGAAAAGUUGUCCAGUCGCACCCGGGAGUCCUUUAACGUGUUUAGCAUACUUGAACAUAACCCUCAUGAAAAAGAAGAUGAGGAUGAAGAUGAGGUUGAAUAUGAGCAGGAGCUAACCCAGGAGGAGAGAGAGGCUAUAGCCUGGGACACACAAGUGCAUGCUGAUAUGUUAGAAAACUACAACACCUGGGAGCGCAUGUUCACUAUGGAGAUGGGUGGCUGCAGGGAAGCUGGAGAGGAAGCUGUGGCAGGCCGAGGCCAGGGACUGGCUAAAGGGAGAGGAAAAAGCCUGGGCACUCUUGCAGAAGAAGAUACAGCGGAUACCUGUAUGGGUGCCACAGCAUCAAACACCUGCCAACAGGGGAGCAGUGCUUCCACCACAUCCUCCUCCUCUUGUCUCGCUGGGAAAGUGAAGAAGGAAUUUGUGUACGGACAUGUGGAGCCGAUGAAGAUUAUCACUGUGCGUCCCUUUAAAACCCCGACCAGCUUCUCUGCCAGGCAGGGCCGCAUCCGCAACCCCGGUUUCUACAAGAGGGAGAAUCGAGCUGUGGAUACCAGUGACCUGGGGGUGGGGCCAGAGGACAUGCCAGUGUGGGAGGAAGUCCAGGCCUCUCUGCUGUGCUCCCUGGAGAAGGAGCUGAGGGGUCACCUCAUUGCAGAGAGCGUGUCCACAGAUUGCCUGUUACAAGAUGAAGGCACACAGACCUACAACUUCCUGUCCGCUCCUUUCCGGAGAAAAACCUCGCUGGCUGACCUGACCGCUGCAAAACCGCUGGAGCUGCACCUUCAGCUGCAGGUGGAGAGCGUCACCAGCCGGCACCACAAGGCCAGCUCUGCCUUCACCUUCCUCUGUGGACACACCUUCCAGCGCAGAGAAUAUGGCAAACAUUAUAAGAACAUCCACAGUGACAUCCAGAUGGCUGUAAAUGGAUGGUUCGAGCAGAGAUGCCCCCUGGCGUACCUGGGAUGCACUUACAGCCAGAAAAGGUUGCAGCCUUCCACACAUGAAGCCACUGUCUCUUACAAUGAAGAUCUGGGCUGCUUUAGCCUGCAUCCCACCGUCCCUGUCCCUCUGAGUGAGGCCUCCCAGCCGUCCAGGAGCUCAGAGGACUCCUCCACCGCUCAGAGGAAGAGAGGACGUCUGGCCAGAGGAGGGGAGGACUCUCUGAGCUUGCUGCCCUACGAGGUGCUGUGCCACAUGGCCAGUUUCCUGGACAGUCUGUCCCUGUCCCAGCUGGCUCUGGUGUCCCAGCUGAUGAGGCAGGUGUGCUCCUCUCUGCUGCAGGAGAGAGGGAUGGUCAGCCUCCACUGGGAGAAGAAGACCUACUCACAUGGAGGAGCCAAGUGGAGGGUGAAGCAGGCGGUAUGGCAGUUCAGCAAUUUGUUCUCUCCCGUGGACGCUUGGUGCUUCCGAAACGUGCCGUCCAUGUCAGAGCACCUAAAGGUGUGUCCCUGCUACGAGACACAGUCCAGGACAGAGAAGAUUUGUCUGCCGCGUAUCAGAGAGGAAGAAGUCCGAACCAAGACAAGCUGCAAAGGCCCCACUCUGGUCACCUUGUUCCAGCAGAAGAGGAUCAUGAUGUAGCGUAUGCUGCUUUAAUCUGUUUUUAUAAAAUAGGGAGCUAGUUGCAUGUUGCUCUCUUGUUGACUGUUCCUGCCGUCCACAGUCAGUUAAAAAUAAAGGAGAAAAAAGCCAUGAAAAACAAAAAAAAUGAAGUGAAACCAGAGCGAUCUAAUUACUUUAAUUAAUUAAGAACAAAUCAGGAGCAUCUAUACAUCUGAAAUGCAGUCACUAAUUGUCAUUGUAGAAACUGAAUAUAACUUUUUACAAUAAAACAACAUGAAUAAAUACUUGAGUUUUCAACAGUGUCCCUUUGACAAGUAAUGUAUUAUUUCACGCAACAGUGAAGUUAUUAAGUUGAACUGACAAUAUGAUAUUAAAUAGUUGGUGUUACAUAGAAAAUGAAGAUGUGUAAAUUACUUCGUAGAUAAUUGGAGGUAUAUUGGAGGUGAAA